AUGAACGGCGAAGACCCGCCUGAGCGGCCCGAUUACAUUACCAACAUUAUCAACGGCCUCGAGCGCUACAACCCUGAGGCUGUCGGUUCUCUCGAGACAUAUCUGCAAGAACAAUGUGAACAGAAGUUUUGCGACUCCAAUGCCAACCGAACCUUGCUCAAGCUGUACCAGCUCAACCCUGACCGAUUGAAGGAUGAGAUCGUCACCAACAUCCUCGUCAAGGCCAUGACCCUCUUUCCCUCCGCGCAGUUCUCUCUUGCCCUCCACCUGAUCAAUCCCUCAGCGGCCGCGACCGGCGAACUCCACGAGGCCCUGACCAAGCUCCGAUCAUUGAACUCGCAACUCGAGGGUGCUCAGUAUGCCCAGUUCUGGGCCUCCGUCGACGGUGACGACCUGUGCGCUGACCUGAUCGCCGAUAUUUCCGGCUUCGAGGACAUGGUCCGACUCCGUAUCGCCCAGCUAGUUUCCCAAGCUUUCCGUGAGGUGAAGCUCGCCCACCUUGAAUCCUGGCUCGGGCUCAGCGAGGACGCUACCCGCAAGUUCGUCACCGAUGUCUGCGGAUGGACAGUCGACGGCGAGAGCAGCAUCAAGAUUCCGUCUAAUCCGGAUAACGAAGCUAAGAAGGCCGAGAUUCGGGAGGAUGUGAACGUGGAGCAGUUCGCAAGGGUAAUCCGGCGAUCAUGGGAGGAGACUGUGUAA